CACCGUGCGCCUAUGUCAGCAUUCAUAUUUACCUGUUUCACUUAGGUAUUUGGGGUUUUUUGUUGUCGUUUAUUUACUUUGUUUUGUUUGCAAGGAGGGUAGAGAGAUGAGCCUCAACCUGACAUAUCUGAAUAAGCAUUUAUGGGGAGCUAGAGAAACAUGCAUCACUGAGGUCCACCAAGGAUUCUUUCUGAAAGGAAAUCCUUUCUCUGAUGUCCCUGCAUUUAACACAGGUUAAACUUUUGUAUUGUUCAACUCCUUUUUGUGGAAAGGAAGGAAGACAGAAUCAUGGGCAAUUUAUAGGAAUUCUUGGGGAGAUAGGAAUAAAUUGGAACUUGUUGAAUUGAAAGUUCUGGAAUUUUCCAUAUUCACUGGUACAUGCAGGAUUAUGGAGAGGGUCAAUCAAACCGGCAGUGUCUCUGAGUUCAUCCUCCUGGGACUGUCCUCCCGGCCUGAGGACCAGAAGCCACUUUUUGCCCUGUUCUUCAUCAUGUACAUGGUCACUCUGGUAGGAAACCUGCUCAUCAUCCUGGCCAUCCGCUCUGACACUCAACUCCAGACACCUAUGUAUUUUUUCCUCAGCAUCUUAUCCUUCAUUGAUGUUUGCUACACAACAACCAUCAUUCCCAAGAUGCUGGUGAACUUCCUGUCAGAGAAGAAGUCCAUCUCCUAUGCUGAGUGUAUGACCCAGAUGUAUUUCUUCUUGGCUUUUGCCAACACAGAAAGUUAUCUCCUGGCUGCCAUGGCCAUUGACCGCUUUGUGGCCAUCUGUGACCCAUUCCACUAUGUCACCACCAUGAGCCACCGCCGCUGCGUCCUGCUGCUGGCCUUCUCCUGCUCCAUCUCUGACCUCCAUUCCCUGUUACUAGUUCUUCUGAUAAACCAUCUCACCUUCUGUGACUCCAAUGUUACCCACUUCCUCUGUGACAUCAACCCUCUGCUGAAAUUGUCCUGCUCCCCCACAUUUGUCAAUGAAAUUGUAAUUAACACAGAAGGAUUGAUAACCCUGGUGACCCCCUUUAUGUGUGUUGUCAUCUCUUAUGUCCAGAUCCUCAUUGCUGUUCUUAAGAUCCCUUCAGCUGCGGGGAAGCGUAAAGCUUUCUCUACCUGUGGCUCCCACCUCACCAUGGUGACCCUCUUUUAUGGAAGCAUUAUUUAUGUUUAUUUCCGACCCCUGUCUAGCUAUACCAUCAAGGACAGGGUGGCAACAGUCAUCUAUACAGUUCUGUCCUCCAUGCUGAACCCUUUUAUCUAUAGUCUGAGGAACAAAGACAUGAAGCGAGGCCUGAGGAAGCUGAUGGGCAGGAGGUCCCAGGCAGCACUUUCGUGAGCACACUCAGAAGCAGGUCUUCUUUGAGCCUUCAUUUCUGCUGAUUCCUGGUCUACAUACCAAGCUGCUAGAAGUUAGCAUACCUAAACUGAGUGUUUGUGGGAAAUUGUAUAAGUGACCAGACUAGAAUAUUGUAUACCAAGUCUUAUAUAUUCAUAAUAUUUUAUAUUUAGCUUACAGUAUAAUAAUAGUAAUAAUAAUAAUAAUAAUAAUAAUAUAUCUUAUCAUAUACCCACCAAUCAAAGCCACCUCAUUAGGGCCACCUAACUGACCCAGGGUCUUUGCACCCAUUUCUCAUUCUCUUACUCCCAUUCCCUUUUCCUAUCCACUCCUUCCAAGUGCAACUAAAAAUUUCUCACUAAUUUUUCUUGACUAGAUUUCUCCUUGUCAAUAACUCUGAAUUCCCAGGGUG